AUGGGUUAUUCUCUUUGGCUUCUACCACCGACUAAUUCAAAAAUUGCUACAUCUCUCAUUUCUGCAAUAAAAUCUCUUGGUUGUUCAUUUGCUCCACAUGUUACACUUACUUCAAAAAUUCCACUUUCUAUGCCUGUUGAAAAUAUUAAAUCAUCUCUUAAUACUUAUUUUGCUAAAAAUUCUUUACCUGAUGUUCAUAUUAAUACUUUGGAUACAGGAUCAGAAUUUUUCAAACGUAUAUUUUUACGAUGUCAAAAGACCGAUUCUCUUGUUUCACUUGCUCGUUUUUCAAAACAAACAUUUGUUGGUAAUAUUGAAGAUAUAGAUAAUUGGACAAAUAAUUACGAUCCACAUAUUUCGUUAAUUUAUGCUGAAAAACAAGAUUGUGAUGAUAAAGAAUUAAUUGAUCGACUUGAUACUUCAACAUUGAUUGAUAAAACAUGGCAAGGUGGAAAAAUUCAAUUAGUUGAUACUAGUGGAAUAUUAUCAGAAUGGAAGACAGUCUUAGAAUUUGAUAUUCCAAACAGUACAUAG